UUUUGCUUCAAUCAUAUUUGAGUACUAAUAAUAAAAUCUCUCAAUAUGGAAACAGACAUGUCUUUCUUGUCUAAAAGUUCAAGUAGUAGCUCUAGUGAUGAUGAUAUUGAAUUGAGGAGAGGUCCAUGGACUAUUGAAGAAGACAAACUCCUUGUCCAUUACAUUACUAAUCAUGGUGAAGGCCGAUGGAAUAUGCUAGCGAAACAUGCUGGACUGAAGAGAACAGGCAAGAGUUGCAGAUUGAGAUGGUUGAAUUACCUUAAACCGGACGUUAAACGAGGAAAUCUCACUCCACAAGAACAACUCCUGAUUCUUGAACUUCAUUUCAAGUUGGGCAACAGAUGGUCAAAAAUCGCGCAAUAUCUACCAGGAAGAACUGAUAAUGAAAUAAAGAAUUACUGGAGAACAAAGGUGCAGAAACAAGCUAGGAAUCUAAAGAUUGACUCGAAUAGUGCAGCAUUUCAACAAAUGAUUCGUUGUUUGUGGAUACCGCGGCUUCUUCAGAAGAUACAGAGCUUCUCUGUUACACCAUCAAUUCAGAGUUCACAAUCAACCCUACAAGGUUUCAACUUGGACAAAAACAACAGCAGCAGCAGCAACGACGACAACAGCAAUAGCUGUACAUCGAGUUCAAAUUCCUCGAGGAUCUACAAAUCUCCCAACAUUAUUUCAGAAUGUCCCAAAAUUCUACCACGCGAGAUGGGCGAGUCUGACUUAAAUUCAUUCUUUAAGGCUCAUUUUCCAUUUGAUGACAACAGUUAUGAUAUGGAUAAUUUCGGACAAUUAGGAACUGGAAACUUUAAUGAUGUAAUGGAUUAUGAUCAGAUGAGUGGAGAUCAAAACAAGCUGAAUGGUGAUGUUAUAUCUGACAGCUUUUGGAGCAAUAUGGAUGAAUUUUUCUACCAAAAAACAGGAUAUGAACAACUGUAAAUAGUACUAGUAGUAGUUAAUAUGGCUUGAUUGAAGCAAGUUUCAAAUUCAACUGUUUCAUUUCUUGAAAAAAAGGAGAGUAAUAGUCCUUCCCUCUGCUUUUAUUAGUCCAGACUAGAAAAUAAAGAUAUAAUUUCUCAGUUAGUUCCUAAUUAUCAUUAUUAUUAACAAUGAAGGUGGAUAGUAUUUUUCUGUUCCAAUACUUCCAUUUCUCAAUAGAGGGGAUUGAUAGAAAGGUCAUUGAAAGCACAAAUAUUGUUCUUUUGAAAAUUCCCAGGUUCCUCCUUUGGUUCUUAUUGAGUCAGUUCAUGUAAGCACGGGAUUCAGUAAUUGAUGAUAAUUGAUACUCCCU